UCCAACUUCGGUCCCAUCUGCCUGCCCGGGAACCCCACGGACUGGACCACGCGGCCGAACCCGCGCUUCACGCUCUCGGAGGACUGCCUGUUCCUGAACGUCUUCGCGCCGACGAAUGCGUCCGAGGGGUCCGGGUUGCCGGUGAUGUUUUUCAUCCAGGGGGGCGGGUUUAGUAGUAAUUCGAACAUGAACUACAACGGGAGCGACCUGGCGCGGGAGGGGAACAUGGUGGUGGUGUCGAUUAACUACCGCGUCGGGGCGUAUGGGUUCUUGAUGAGUGGGGAGAUUGAGCGGGAGGGGGGGUUGAACGCCGGGAUUAGGGAUCAGAUUAUGGCGUUGGAGUGGGUGAGGGAGAAUGUGCGGAAGGUGAGUUGAGUUGGCUGUGGUGGUGGUGAUGCGAUGUGAGGCUAAUGAUGUGUGUGACAGUUUGGGGGGAAUCCGGAGCAUGUGGUUAUUGAUGGCGAUUCGGCGGGCGCGGCGUCGGUGAUGAUUCUCAUGGCGUCGCCGGUUGUGAGGAGGAAGAAGUUGUUUGUGGGCGCGAUUUCGGAGUCGACGUAUCAGAAUACGUAUCGUACGCUUGAGCAGGGGAAGACGCAGUAUGAUUGUCUGCUCAAAGCUACUGGCUGCGGUGAAUCGAAUUCGACAUUAGCAUGUCUUCGGGCAGUGAACGCAACAGCGUUACAAACGACGAACUGCGGGUUCAAUCCGAAUCUCGACCCGGAGAUCAUUCCUCAGCUCCCGUUCACGGCGUUCGAGAAGGGCGAGUACAUGAAGAUCCCGACCAUCCUGGGCGCCUGCAACGAAGAAGGCACGAAAAACGUUCCCCAAUCCAUCGACACGCUCUCUGAAGUGCACUCCCUCCUCCUCUCACGAGCUCCCUCCCUGACCAACAGCUCCAUCAGCGUCCUCGACACCUUAUACUUCACCAACCAAACCUUCCCCGUGUUCCCCAACUCCGGAAAAUACUGGCGUCCCCUAUCCCGCGCCUACGCCGAGAUCUACUCCACCUGCGUCGACAACAUCUACCAAGACAUCCUCGCCGCGGAUGACGACGCCGCAGCACCCACCUGGAACUACCGCUACGGCGUCCUCGACCCUACGCAUGAGGCCCAGGGCUUCGGCGCCUACCACGUCGUCGAGAUGUUCGCGAUCUGGGGCCCCAACAACACGGACGGGAACCCGCCCAAGUCGUACAACACGACGAACGCGGCCAUCAUCCCUGUGAUUAGAAACUACUGGACGAGCUUUAUUAGGCAUUUGGAUCCGAAUGUGGGGAAGUUGGGGGAGGCGCCGGUUUGGGGGAGGAGAGGGAAGGGCAGGGAGAGAUUGCAUUUUGUUACGAAUGGUACGGCGAUGGAGAGCUUACCCGCCGAGCAGGUGAGGAGGUGUGAGAUAUUGGAUCCGCUGGUGAGGGUGCUGGAGUAUGAGCCGGCGGAGGGGACGGUGACGGAACUGAAGUUGUCAUAGUGUAGUCUAGCUCGUAGUGUAUGGUUGACGUAGCAGAUGGUUGAACCAGUAGUGUAUAUGGCUUUUGAUACAAGGCCAAGAAACAAAUCUCUCGGAGCAGGAGAACCAAAGAUAGGUACUGGAGACUGUAGAGAUGCUGUUUAUAUUGAAAGCCAUUCACGUAGUGAGUGACUUGACU